UUGCGCAAAGGCAUCGUGUACAUAAGUAAGGCGCGCGAGGGAGGCGCGAGUUUCUAUAAUCCUUACAGCGAUGGCCGCGCCGCGCGUUGUGUUGUGCCUGUUCACAGUGUCAGUGCUGGCCGGGACUCAUGCCAAGCCAAUGUUCGGCUCCCUAAUGUGCGACCUCUUCUGCGAAGACUACGAAGACGGUCUGCCGAGCACCACGACCAGCCUCGAGGACCUCAUGGACUUCAUGUGGGAUCCUUGCGGCAACUGUCCGACGGAUAGACCGAGUAGGGUGACCACUACAGCGGCGCCACCGGCUGGGGUGCCCCCGGCUGGGUUGCCGUUCGGCAGGAACCCUUACAGCUUUGUUUUUCCGCCGUCAGCGAUGGGCAUGAACAUCACAGUGCUGCCCCCUAUCGCCCCGAACGGGGGGCAAGUGUUCCAGAUCCUGCCCUGGGUGCCGGCCACCCCCGCCCCCGCGCCCGCCCCCGAGGCUACGACUGCCGCCCCCGCCGCCGCCACCACGGCUGCUGGUGCCACGGCUGCCCCUACCACCGCUGCGGCGUAGUACUGGUGACUGAUAGGCCCUGGGUAGAUGACGAAAAACGAAGUUUCGGAGCGCUGCUGCGCGAACCACAACUCAAUCUCGUUGUAUUUAACGUGCCGAUUGGGACGAGAGCUCUCGUUCAUUCGUUUUUCGUCAGUAUAGAGUAUCCCUUCUGUAUUGACGUUAUUGCCCGUAACAUCUCGGUGAAUAGUAGGUAUAUUCAAGGAUAUGUUUUGGGUAUUUCACUAAGAAUAUGAAUGAGCAUGGGACCGAGGCUACUAGGAUAAUAGAAGUCAGUGUUUGUUCAUCUUGCGAUAUAGUUGUAGAGUAGAGCUCUGUGAAUAAAAGUGUGAAAAUGAUAAUUGUUAAAAUCUUGUUUGGGGCAUUGGACGUGUUGGUGACUCUCAAACAUCGUUGUCGGUUUGGCUAUGGCUAUUAAGUUUGUAUUUUUCUUAGAGUCCUUUAAAUUACUUGCCACUCCGAUUGAAAGUUUACUAUCGUAGGUUUAUGGUUGGAUGAUUGUUAUUUUCCUGCGUAUUGAUUUGCAGUUUUCCUGUCAGCCUCUUACCUCUGUUGGGUAAAUAUAAGUUAAUUCCCACUUUUUUUAAUGAUAGGCAAUGUUUUAUUAUUUUAUUCCGCUUAUUCUACUUUUGUUUGCUUACCAUUACUAACACCCACCCUUUAGAUUCAGUUUUCUCUAACCUUGGCAUAAUUCAACUAUUCUAGAUAUUUAUUACGAUUAUCUGCCAAGUAAUUAUUUAAUGUACAGUUCAUCCUUCAAUUUAUUUAACCAGCAGUUGCAUGUGUUGUUUUACAUUUAUCAUUAUCUACAAUUUGCCUCAUUAGAUACAGUAUUAUUAAUUAGUUUUUGUACAAUGAUACAGUGUUCUUGCAGCAUACUAUGUGACCAUGAAAGCCUGAAAUUCAUGAAAGGCAUUUCAUAUAUUAUAACUUCUGUCGGAAAGGUAAGGUAGUAGGUACUUGCGUGUGUGAAAACCUAUGUUAUGCAGUAAUCGUAGGUUUCUGUAUGAGCUUUGACCACCACUGUAUUGUACUUAGUUAGUAAUCAAUUAGGUAAGUACUUAUACUUUUUUCUAAAUUAAUCAUUAGGUACUUACCUAGAUCAAAAUCAUCUAUCAUAGCAAAAUCAUAUUGAUUUUAUUACUAAUUGCACACUUGAUUACAUUGUCUUAUUUAGUUUUAUAUAAAGGCACCAAACCAAUUGUACAUAAACAGCUUUAUUUGUAUAAAGUACAACAAAUAGUUAAAUUUUAAGUUAAAAAUAAUAAAGUGUUAUUGUUACAAAAUCGUAUUGAUUGCACCUAC